CUCCACCUUUGGUCCGGUAGAGUUGGUUUCACAUCUCAUCGUUGUCCAGUGUCAGAUGACACUAAGGCGGUGUGGCUAUUGUACAUCUACCUGAUUGAAUUUCAAGGCACUCAGCAAAUCCUUCUGUAGAUAAAAUGGAAAAAGGUGCUGGACCUCCUCCAUAUGCUGCAGCUACUCCAGAAAUUUUAGCUCAGCCAUAUCCUGGUCCACCACUGAACUCCGGUGCGGCGCCACAGCUUGCUGUUCCUCAGUAUCAGCAACCUGUUGCUCAGCAAUAUCCCCAGCCUGUUGCUCAGCAGCAUCAGCAACCUGCUCCUCAACAACAAGCUGUACAGCAAAAUCAGACUACUCAACCUGCAACCCCUGUGGUGGUGGUGCAAGCGAGACCAACUGAGGCUCCUGGAAGCAUGUUGUGUCCACACUGUAAGACCACCGUUGUGAGCACAACCGAAUACAAAUUGGGCAUGCUCACCUGGAUCAUUGUUGGAACACUGUUUUUUAUUGGGUGUUGGCCUUGCUGUUUGAUCCCGUUCUUCGUGGGUGCUUGCAAGGAUGUGCAGCAUUCCUGCCCGCAGUGCAACAACGUUCUGCACGUCUACCGUCGCAUGUGAACCAUAGUGGUCAAUCGUGCAGCUACUGAAAUUUUGUUGUCUCUAUUCAUUAAGGUCUUCCUACACUGUACAAAGUUCUUUUUGAGCCUAGUGGAGAGCUGCACUGUAAAACUACAAUUCCCAAAGUCUGCAAGAAUUGACGCUGUCUUAGAAAUAACACUUCUGAACUUCCUAAAAAAAAAUUUAGGGAGUGUUUUGAUCAGUUCAUCGUUGGUAAAUACAUUUACAUAGAGUGACUGACGUAUCACCCCUUAUAGUCCAAAACUAGGCUCUGCCUUUGUCAAGUUAACUAAAGACUCUUGCCUUGUGUGAUUUUGUUUAAAGAUAAUAUUGUUCAUCAUCUCAUUAGAAAUUUUGUUUCUUUAAGUAGAAGAGCCAAAACUGUGACAGCCAAAAACUUGUAAACUGUAGUGUUUACCUGGAAAGACCUGUGUGUGUGUAUGUGGGCUUGUAUUGGAUACAUGUUUUACCAGAAAAAUAUUACAUUACUUUAUACGACUAAAUGUAAUGACAUAAUAAACAUAAUGAAACAUAA